CUGCGCUCCCUUCCCCUCGACCUCGACCACCAAUCACAUGCGGACUGUGUUGGACUCAUCCAUCCAUGCCUGCGCGUUUCCCAAGAACCCCACCAACCGUUGUACCUGCAGCACCCCGCUGGCAUAUACCAAGUCGUAUACCACCACUCACCUGUAUCCUGCAAGCCCCGCCCCGACUCGCCUUCACCCCGUGUUCGACCUUGUCCACCGCAAUGGCGCCCGCACCAUCUCACACCCCGAUUGUCAUCUCUGGUCCAUCAGGCGCCGGCAAAUCCACCAUCCUCAAGCGCCUCUUUGAUGAAUACCCCGACAGGUUUGGUUUCUCCGUCUCACACACCACUCGAAGCCCCCGUGCUGGCGAGCAACAUGGGCGUGAGUACCACUUUGUGACCAAGGACGACUUUCAAGAUUUGGUCGACAAGAAAGGAUUCGUGGAGCACGCACAGUUUGGCGGAAACUGCUACGGCACGAGUAUCAAAGCGAUCGAUGAUAUUACAGCCAAAGGGAGGAUUUGCAUUUUGGACAUUGAAAUGGAGGUCGCAAACCACCCAACGUUCCCACGGCCGCGCUUCCUGUUCCUCUCACCACCUUCCAAAGAAGAGUUGGAAAAGAGGCUGAGAGGCAGGGCUACCGACAAGGAAGAAGCUAUUCUGAAGAGGCUCAAGCAAGCCGAGGCUGAGAUGGACUUUUCAACAAGCCCCGAAGCACCCCACGAUAAAAUCGUCGUAAACGACGAUCUGGACAAGGCGUAUGCUGAGGUCAAGGAAUUCAUCGUAGGCAAGGACGCGUGA